CGAGAGUCUUUGCGUCCACUGUAUAAUUCCCUCUCUUGGCAUUCAAAGUUUUUCAUUACUUCGUCUCUCUAGAAAUGGCCGGCCGUGGAAAAACUCUCGGAUCUGGAGUCGCCAAGAAGGCGACGUCGAGGAGCAGCAAAGCCGGUCUCCAGUUCCCCGUCGGCCGUAUCGCAAGAUUUCUCAAGAACGGCAAAUACGCCGAACGUGUAGGUGCCGGAGCUCCGGUUUACUUAGCCGCCGUUCUCGAAUACCUCGCCGCAGAGGUUCUCGAACUGGCUGGAAACGCGGCGAGGGACAACAAGAAGACAAGAAUCGUGCCGCGUCACAUUCAAUUGGCGGUGAGGAACGAUGAGGAGCUGAGUAAGUUGCUUGGGGAUGUGACGAUUGCUAACGGAGGUGUGAUGCCCAACAUUCACAACCUUCUUCUUCCCAAGAAGGCUGGUGGUGCUUCCAAACCUUCCGGUGACGACGAUGAGUAGAUCAAGCUCUGUGAGGAUGGUUCAAUGUGUAGCGUUUAGAUUUAGAUUAGGUCGUUGUUUUAUCUCUUCUGUUGUGUAGAAGUCCUUUUCGUUUUGAAUGAAAUCAUGUGAUCUUGUUA